GAUGGACACGGUUCUCAUGUCACCUCCGAAAUGGUCAGGAUUGGUUUUGACAAUGACGUCAUGCUCUACUGCCUACCUCCUCAUACCACACAUCGUCUCCAGCCAUGCGAUGUUGGCGCGUUCGGGCCACUGAAGAAGUUUUGGUUUACGGCUAUCGAGUGGUAUCUGCGGUUGACAGGGCGUGAGCUAGGUACAAACCAUGUGCCAUUGAUCUACAUGCUAGCUCGACGAGCUGCGUUUCAACCAAGAACUCUUCUCCGUGCAUGGUCCAAGUCGGGAAUA